AUGGAUACUCCAAGCCCAUCUUCUGACCCGAACUCAGACGGUUCCCACCCAAGUCAAUCACCCAAUCGGACCACCCGCUCAGACGAUGGAGUCAUACUCGCUUCAGCUAAACCCAAGAAACGGGCGGGUCGAACUAAGUUCAAGGAGACCCGACACCCUGUUUAUCGAGGGGUUCGGAUGAGGAAUCCGAAUAAGUGGGUUUGUGAGGUUCGUGAGCCAAAUAAGAAGACCCGAAUAUGGCUUGGAACCUACCCGACUGCUGAGAUGGCAGCCCGGGCUCAUGACGUUGCUGCACUUGCAUUACGUGGCAACCAUGCUUGUUUAAAUUUUGCUGACUCCGGUUGGCGGUUGCCUGUGCCAGCCACCACGGAUGCAGCCGGCAUCCGCAAGGCGGCAGCUGAGGCGGCGGAGGCUUUUCGACAUGUAGAUAUGGAGGUCGAUAAUGGUGAAGAGAAGAGAGAUGUGGUUGAUGGUAAGUCGAUGGUGGAGGAGGCGGUGGAGGUGGAGGUGGGAAGUUAUAUGGAUGAAGAAGCGGUGUUUCACAUGCCUAGAUUAAUAUCGGAUAUGGCAGCAGGAAUGAUGCUCCCUCCACCUUCUUGCUUAGGUGGAUGGAGUUCGGAUGACGUGGGAAGUCCACAUGCUGAUGUGUCGCUUUGGGAUUUCUCAUUUUGAAUCUCUCUCUCUC